AUGUCCAAUUAAUCAUCAACCCUGUAACGUGAUCCCAGACUAUAACAAGGGGACCAGGGGAGCUCACUCAGGAAACCUGUCUACUGGCCUCUUCAGACAACCCCUUCCAGACCAGGGACCCCAAGCCUGAGAAGCCCAGGCCCAUGGGCGCCCAGCUCUGCUCCCAGGCUGACACAGAGGAACCCCUGGAGACCCUUCGCUUCCACCCUGAGGCCAAAGGCGCCCAUGUGAUCCUGGACGCAAAGAGGAUCACUGCAUACCGACUUGCCACUUUUCACGACGGCAUCGUGUUCAGCCAGAGGCCGGUGCGGCCGGGGGAGCGCGUGGCACUGCGUGUGCUGGGGCAUGAGGGCGGCUGGCACGGUGGCCUUCGCGUGGGCUUCACGCGCCUGAACCCUGCGUGCGUGGAGGCGCCCAGCCUGCCUCCCUUCGUGUGCCCGGACCUGGAGCAGCAGAGCCCGACAUGGGCAGCGUUGCUGCCGGAUGACUGCGCGCUGGCGGGGGACAUUGUUAGCUUCUGGGUGAACCGCCACGGACGACUCUGUGCCCAGGUCAACAGGGGCCCGAGGCUCCUGCUGCGCAAGGGCGUGCCCAUGGGCGCCCCGCUCUGGGCCGUGAUGGACGUGUACGGGACCACCAAGGCCAUCGAGCUGUUGGGCCUGAGUCCCCCAUCUCUGUCCCAGAUCCCACAGCCAGUGCCUUCCCCAGAGCCUCGCCCUGGGCCCUCCCUGAGGAGACGCCCUCUGACCCUGAAGCCACAGCAGGAGAGGAGUGUGCCGUCUGUCUCCACUGUACUGCCAACACCUGCCUUGUCCCCUGUGGCCACACACACUUCUGCAGCUGCUGCGCCUGGAGGGUCUUCAGGGACACAGCCAAGUGCCCUGUGUGUCGCUGUGAGAUUGAGGGGGUAGUCUCAGCAUGGGGCUCUUCUGCUCUGAGGACUGGGGAAGGACUUCCUGUAUGAAUGGCAAAGUGGGCCUAGCUCUGAGCUGGUCCCUGCAGGGGAAGAAGGGGCAGCCCACCCAAUUUCUGCAGAAAAGUCAGAAAGCCUAGUUGGUAAUGAGCAGAGCAUAGAGAAGGAGUAGGGGAUGAUGGCUCUUCCCCUUACCCAACGGGUUGGGGCCAGUGGUACAGGGGGGAGCCCCUCUCCCUACCCACACCAGAAUUAUCUAUCUGAUGGUGGCCUGAUUGUAGACAGUGGCUCAGCAAUGGCCAGCAGGCUUGAGUUUCCUCUGCUUAGCUACAGGUUUCUCAUGCCCAAGGCUUGUCAAGGCUUUUGCUGGCCACUUGGUAUAGUCACCAUUGACCUAGCAAUCUAGGCACUUAUGGGUGCCAAGGUUCAUGGGACACCAAGAACCCACAUGUGUCAAAUGAGGAGGAUCUGAGAUGGGUGGCUUGACCCUUGGUUUUAUAGCUGAGGAAGUUAAGGUACCUGCAUUUUCCUGUGGCAGCCCUCCCCUUUGGGGAUUAAGGAGCUGCACCAGAUGCAGGGAGGCAUCUGUGUGGAGUGUUUACAGUCCCAUGUGAGAGCUGGCACACUGCCAUCAAGUCCUCAGUAAAGUGAGUCAGGAGUCACUUACCUUGCAGUGUGGUUGUGAGGAUCCAGUGAAAUCAUGUAUCUGAAGAUGAUUUAGCACGCGAGAGGGCACUGUUGUCAUUGUGCUUAUUCCCUUACCAAUUUCUGAUCUAUCAAAAUAAAGCUUCUCUUUUUUUAUGAA